AUGAAGCCCAUUUUGGCACACGCGCUCAUACAGGCCUCUCUUCUCUCUAUUGCCUCCGCUUUUCCAGCUCCAACAGCUUUCGCCAACAAUGUCGCCCCGCCCGACCCCAUCAUUACGCCUUCCCCGGUCGAGCGUAAUCCUUCUCCCGUUGUUGCCCGAAACAUACUGAGCGACGUUGAAUCUGGUGCCGACAACGUCCUUUCGGACCUUGGAUCUGAUCUACCUUCGUGGGCCGCAUCUGGCGUGCCCGACUUCUUCCAGGGUUUCCCGACUGGAGACUCAGUUGUGAGCUCACUCGGACUGGACAGCAGUGAAUUGGCAGCACUGCCAACCAAUGUGUUGAACAUUGACCCUUAUGCCAACUGGACCAAGUCAGGCUGGAAUGUUCGCUUCCACGGGAAUGUUUAUAAACAGCCAAACACCUCUAUCUCAAAGUUGAACGAUUUGGCCGAUAUCUUCCUCGUCAACACUAGUAUCUCGGACCUUCCCAAAUCCCAGCAGGCCCAGGCACGUAACCUGACUGCCGAAAUAUUUGUUGUGCAGCAGCCAGAAGUUGCCGUAAACAAGAUUCACAUCAAGCCCGCAGCUAGUCAGGGGUCCAGCGGACAGCCAGGCGGCGGUGGAUCAUCCAAGACAACAGGUGGUAAACAAGUCAUCACUCUGCCUUACAACACGACAGUUGAGGGUGACUUCGACACAUUUGUGCCAAUUGACAGCAAUGGCCUUACUGCAGGUAAUGAAACUUCAGCGAUCCAGAGACUGGACACUCAUGUUGAGGGCGCAAGCAUUGGAAAUUCUACCGCCUACCUUGUUCCUCCCAAGGGACUCACUAUCAUUUCUGACAUUGAUGAUAUUCUGCGUGUCACCAAGAUCUAUCAACCAAAGCAAGGAUUGCUCAAUUCUUUCGCCCGUCCAUUCACAGCUUGGGAGAACAUGCCGGAAAUUUACCGCAACUGGUCCAUCAGCCUCCCCGAUACUCAUUUCCACUACCUAACCACCACCCCAGAGCAAAUUACCAGAAACUACAUGGAGUUCAUCUACGACAACUACCCGGGCGGUUCCUUCGACACCCGUCCUCUCAACUUCAGCGACGUCUCCGCUACCCUGUCGAUCCGCAAGUUCCUAUUGCAAAAGAUCUUCGAAACCUUUCCCGAGCGCAAGUUUGUCCUGGUUGCAGACACCAGCAACAGCGAUGUUAUGCGCGACUACCCGAAACUGGCCACCGACUUCCCCACACAAGUCCAGUGCAUCUUGCUCCGCAACACCUCGGCAACAGACCCGGGCGACAAGUUCCCAUACGACACGUCCGGAUUCAAGGGCCUCAAGCAAUCGAAGUACAUGUUCUUCCUGAACUCGGAUGACCUGACCAAAUUGGAUAUUGCCAAUGGACAGUGCUAUAAUCAGUCGAUCCCUCAGAAUCUGACGUUCGGCUACCAGGGACUGCCAGCUGGACUGGGCAAUAAACCAAGUGCAGUGAACGGGUCCGCAAACCAUACCGGAGCUGCUAACGGAUUGUUGACGAAAGAAUCAGCUGGCGUGCAGGGCUUCAUGGCAUUGGUCGCAGCCAUGGCUACAGCCACCUUUAUGUUUUUAUAG